UCCACGUGGAUAUUUCAGCCUCACUUCAUCCUUUUGGGAACUUUAUUUAUUGUUUGCCUCGUUAUUGUCUCCUCCACCUCCUCCACCUCCUCCGCCUCCUCCGCCUCCGUGUGGCCCGGAGAUGCGGUCCCUCCUCCCGCUUGCGGUGUGUUGCAUCAGCCUGGUUUCCCUCCAGCCGCCGGAUCCCGCCAGGCUGGACCUCCUCCACGAGCUCGCCGCCCAGAGGGAGGACACGGCCUCGGGGUCAGAGACCAGGACCGGCCUCGCCGCCCAGAGGGAGGACACGGCCUCGGGGUCAGAGACCAGGACCGGCCUCGCCGCCCAGAGGGAGGACACGGCCUCGGGGUCAGAGACCAGGACCGGCCUCGCCGCCCAGAUGGAGGACACGGCCUCGGGGUCAGAGAGCCGGACCGGCUUCGCCGCCCCCCCGCCCGGCGUCCUGAGCCUCCGACCGGCUUCGGGGGUCCGGGUGGCUCCGCCGAGCCUGACGUGGGCCCGACCUGCCGGGAUGUCGUCGGCCGAGCCGAGGGCGCCGAGAGCUCGCCGCCACGCCCACUCCGGUCACCACGGCAACCAGCACGGGCAGCUGAUGAGGGUGGGCUGCGUCCUGGGAACCUGCCAGGUACAGAACCUCAGCCACCGGCUCUACCAGCUCAUUGGCCAGAGCGGCCGGGAGGAGGCGGCCCCCGUCAACCCACGGAGCCCCCACAGCUACGGCUGAGCCAGAGACCCUCAGACCCUCAGACCCUCAGACCCUCAGACCCCUCAGACCCUCAGACCCUCAGACC